GGAGUGGCCUCUGCUCCGGGAAGGUAUAAGGAAGGACGACGCCCUCUGGCUGGAGAGACUGAAACCACAAAUUGCCAUUGGCUGAUAUUUACUUUCCUGGAAGAAAAACCCCAGUCGUCCGCGCCGUUACAGGGCCUGGUGAGCCGAUGUGGACUACACCUCCCAUGAGGCCGCGCGCAGUAUACCAGGCCUCCUCUGGUGGCGCGGGAGCAUUGUGGGAUUGGAUGAGUCAAGAUGGACUACAGGGACGUUGCAGGAAAGGCUAACCGGUGGUUUGGGGUUGCCCCUCCCAAGUCAGGAAGAAUGAGCAUGAACAUACUUCACCAGGAAGAGCUCAUUGCUCAGAAGAAAAGGGAAAUUGAAGCCAAAAUGGAGCAGAAAGCCAAGCAGAAUCAGGUGGCCGGCUCUCAGCCCCCACAUCCUGGCGAAUUUGCGAAUGUGCACAACUCUUCCAUUUCCAACAAGUUUGCGAACGACGGCAGUUUCUUGCAGCAGUUUCUGAAGUUGCAGAAGGCACAGACCAGCACAGAUCCCCCUCCCAGUACGCCCAGUGCCCCUCCUCGUGUGCUCCCCAGAGCUGGGAAGAGGCCCCCCCUCAUCAGCAGCCCACCAGGCCAGGUGAAGAACUACAUGCAUGCCAAGCAACUGCCAGUGGCCAGCCGCCCGAGUGUCUUCCAGUCUCCUGAUGAGGAGGAGGAGGAGGAUUACGAGCAGUGGUUGGAGAUCAAAGUUUCACCCCCAGAGGGAGCCGAGACUCGAAAAGUCAUAGAGAAAUUGGCCCGCUUUGUGGCAGAAGGAGGCCCCGAGUUAGAAAAAGUAGCUAUGGAGAACCACAAGGAUAACCCGGCAUUUUCGUUUUUACACGAUAAGAAUAGCAGGGAAUUCCUCUACUACAGAAAGAAGAUAGCUGAGAUCAGAAAGGGAGCAGAGAAGUUGCAGGCAGUCUCCCAGAAAGUUUCACCCCCAGAGGACGAAGAGACCAAGAACCUUGCAGAAAAGCUGGCCAGGUUCAUAGCAGAUGGGGGUCCCGAGGUGGAAACCAUCGCUCUCCAGAACAACCGCGAGAACCAGGCAUUCAGCUUUCUGUAUGAACCCAACAGCCAAGGGUAUAAGUACUACCGCCAAAAGCUGGAGGAGUUCCGAAAAGCCAAGGCCGGCCCCCCAGGCAUUCCCAUGGCACCCGACCUUGGCCUGAAGCGCAGAUCCCCUUCUGAAACUCUGUUGGGGUCUGUGCCCUCCACUGCUGUCUGCCCUACCUCAUCUGCCCUCUCACCUGCGGUCCCUCCAGCCCCACCUGCCACUGGAAAGCCUGCUGCCACAGCCACUGUAAAGAGGAAGCGAAAGAGCCGGUGGGGGCCUGAAGAGGACAAGGUGGAGCUCCCACCUGCUGAGCUAGUGCAAAAGGAUGUGGACGCCUCUCCCUCACCUCUAUCAGUUCAGGACCUCAAGGGACUGGGCUACGAGAAGGGGAAGCCCGUCGGUCUGGUAGGUGUCACAGAGCUGUCAGACGCCCAGAAGAAGCAGCUGAAAGAGCAGCAGGAGAUGCAGCAGAUGUAUGACAUGAUCAUGCAGCAUAAGCGCGCGAUGCAGGACAUGCAGCUGCUGUGGGAGAAGGCGCUCCAGCAGCAUCAGCAUGGCUAUGACAGUGACGAGGAAGUGGACAGCGAGCUGGGCACCUGGGAGCACCAGCUACGGCGCAUGGAGAUGGACAAGACUCGGGAGUGGGCCGAGCAGCUGACACAGAUGGGCAGGGGCAAGCACUUCAUUGGGGACUUCCUGCCGCCGGAUGAGCUGGAGAAGUUCAUGGAGACCUUCAAGGCCCUGAAGGUGAGCCUGCAGGGUCUCAGCACAGCCCCUGCUGCAGGCCCAUCCAGCAGGAGGCCUGCUUGGCAUCCUCUUCCUGCUGCCCCCCUCACGGCGGGUGCCUGUGGCAGCCGCACGCCCCCCUUACUCACAGGAGGCAUCUUUCAGGACCUCAAGGGACUGGGCUACGAGAAGGGGAAGCCCGUCGGUCUGGUAGGUGUCACAGAGCUGUCAGACGCCCAGAAGAAGCAGCUGAAAGAGCAGCAGGAGAUGCAGCAGAUGUAUGACAUGAUCAUGCAGCAUAAGCGCGCGAUGCAGGACAUGCAGCUGCUGUGGGAGAAGGCGCUCCAGCAGCAUCAGCAUGGCUAUGACAGUGACGAGGAAGUGGACAGCGAGCUGGGCACCUGGGAGCACCAGCUACGGCGCAUGGAGAUGGACAAGACUCGGGGUGGGCCAGGGCACAAGUCGCAGGGAAGGGGGGCCUUCCGCAAGAGGAUGAUGCUGGCCUACCGAUUCCGGCCCAACCCACUGAACAACCCCCGACGGCCUUACUACUGAGUAUUCUGGAGAAACACAACAACGUGCUUCCAAACAAUCAGCCGUCCCUGGACUAUGGAAUGUUCCAGCCUGCAUUCCUGCCUCCCUUCCUGUUGUUGCGAGUGUCAUACUGUGUAUUAAAGUCCCAGUGCCCGUGGGGGCAGCCUGGUCCUGUCGUUGCCAGAAACCCCUCCUCUUCCUUA